CCCUCUCAUUUCCAUUCUCUGGGCUCUCGAGCCGCUCCCUUCUCUGCGCCUCUGGACGACGUCGGAAACGGGAAGGGCCCUCAGCAUCAAUUAGGCGAGGCUAAGAGGAAAAAAAAGGGAGGGCCAAGGGCCAAAGCGGGGACGAGGAAACAGAAAAGGUAGUCCAUGACGCGGCGAGGCAGCGUCGACGUCGAGGGCGAGGGCGGGCCGUGGCGGAGAAGGCCGUCGUCGUCGUCCCGGCUUACCUCUCUCGUCGCUCGGGCGCAGUCGCUGUACGAUGGCUUCCAGGCCCAGCCGAUGGCCACACGCCUCGCCAUUGUCCUCUUUGGCUUGUUGUAUGCUGCCACAAUCUUUGUCGUCGUCUUUGUCGUCGGCCCCGAGCAGGUGCUCCACUAUACGGCGUCGUUUGCCCUCGUCAUUCGAGGUCUGCAGCAUGCCAGGAUCGCCCUCGUGGCCCUCAUCGUCGUCUCCUCGUUCCCUCCCAUGGUCGGCUAUGGCACGCUCGUCACGCUUGCGGGCAUGGCCUUUGGCAGUGCGUACGUGCCCGAGGGCACCAAGGAAGACCCUUCGUCGUCGUCGUCCUCCUCCUCGUCGGCGGCGGCGGCGGCAGAUAGUGGCGUCGUCGUCGUCGUCGACCAUGGACCGGGGAGCAUCGGUCAAGCAUGGCUUGUGGCGGCCACGGGAUGCCUGCUGGGUGCCGUGUGCUCCUUUACGUUUCUGAGGCACGUUGCCCUCAACAGCACCUGGGGCCGCAAGGUGGCGCGCAUCGACAAGCUCCGUGCCUCGGCCCAGUGGCGCGCCAUGGAGACGGCUGUGACUCGGCGGGGGUGGACGAUGGCCCUCCUCCUGCGCUUUUCGCCCUUUCCCUUUACCAUUUCCAACCUCUUUUUCGCCUCGCUCCAGCCCAUCUCGCUUGGCCACUUUGUCGUCGCAACGGUAUGCACCACGCCCAAGCUCCUCCUCCAUGUCUUUGUUGGCGCUCGCAUGUUUGAGCUCAUUCACCGUGGUGCCCGGGCCAGCCUCGACGACAAGUCGCGGAUCCUCAAUGGCGUCUAUAUUGUCCUUGGCUCGCUCGUCGGCUUCUUUACGUCCUACUACGUCUACCGGGAGACGCGCAAGAUCCUCUCGACGUACGAGGAUCCGCGCCUCGUCUCGUCGCCCGACUCGGGCCCCGUCGACGACGAAUCCCUCGACGACGUCCACCUCACCCACGUCGUCUAUGACGCCGACGAGGCAGCUGCUCGGCGCACACCGGGUGUGCCGAGCCGCCGCGACGAAGCGCGCGAACGCGAGAGACAGGCCUUCCUAGGUCUCGAUGCAUCGCCCCGUCUCUCGGGCUCAGGAUCGAGCACACCGCGACGAGGCACUGGCUACCAGGACAAGGCGGGAUGAUGAAUACAUGCGCUCAUUGCAUCGCCACAGAGCACAGGCAUCAAUUUGUUACUGCUAUUACUACAACAAAAAUUGGCACUGCCAUCACUAGAGCACAUAGCAUUCAAUCCUGCUGUUCCUUGCCCAA